AUGUUGCAGCCUUUAUUGGGCUCACAAGUGCCCAUUGAGCAGAGCUUCUUUCGUAUACCACGCAUAUCGGCGCGCAUCGCUGGUUUCUGGCCACAGCCAGCAGUGCGGCCACGCACCUGGCUAACGGUUUUACGUUUCUGCGUGAAUACAUUUGCGGUGGCUGUUGGUGGUUUCGGUGAGGUAACCUACGGUUUCUUUUAUCUGUACGAUCUCUUUAGCGCCCUGGAGGCAUUCUGUCCGGGAGUUACGAAGGUCAUUUCACUAUUGAAAAUGACAAUUUUCUUUGGUCGCCACGAGCGUUGGCAGCGUGUGAUUCAUGGUUUGCACACAUUGUUGUUAUUGGAUACCAGCGCCGGAAAGCGUCGCAUCAUGGAGCCACUGGCCUCGUUCGCUUCGGUGUUAUCGUUUGUCCUCCUCGCAUCGGGUUCGCUCACGAAUACGUUUUUCAAUGUUUUGCCGCUGCUGAAAAUGGCUUACUUCAAGUGGAGGGCGUUGGAUAUGCAGUUGCUGUUGCCCUUCAAUGUUAUCUUGCCGGAAGUGCUCGUCAAUUUGCCUUAUUACCCAGCCACAUACCUCGUGCUGACGCUCUCCGGCGCCAUGACUGUGUUCACCUUUAGUGCGGUGGAUGGAUUCUUCCUUUGUGCGUGUGUGUAUGCGACAGCAUUGUUUCGCAUUCUGCAACAUGACAUACGUAAUGCAUUCGCUGAAUUGCAAGAACAGGAAUCUUCAUCGUUUGAACAAAAUAUGCGGAUCCAGCAUCGAUUGUCGGUGCUCGUUGAGCGCCACAACAAAAUCAUUGAUCUGUGCAGCGAUUUUGCAGCGGAAUUUUCACUCAUCAUCCUGAUGCAUUUCCUAUCCGCGGCAUUGGUGUUGUGCUUUAGCAUUUUGGAUUUGAUGUUGAACUCCGCGUCCAUAGGGGUGCUGAUAUACAUCUUCUAUAGCAUCGCUGCCUUGACUCAGCUCGUCCUCUACUGCAUUGGUGGCACUUACGUCAGCGAAAGUAGCUUAAGCAUCGCUGAGGUUAUUUACGACGUGGACUGGUAUAAGUGCGACGUCCGUACGCGUCGCAUGCUCUUGUUGAUGAUGUGUCGUGCGCAGAGGGCCAAAACUAUUGCAGUACCAUUUUUCACACCAUCCCUGCCGGCUUUUCGAUCGAUUGUAAGCACUGCGGGCUCUUACAUUACCCUCUUGAAGACCUUUAUCUGAGCAAGCGAAAUAUAAUAUUUUUGUUGUAAUAACUGUCUGUAGUGGAAAUAAAAAUUUUUGAAAUGAAAAUGGAUUUAUUAAGCUCUGAACUGUUUCAUUUAAGUAUAAAUGACUUUAAGUUUGGAUUUGGUGUACAAAAGCGAAGUCUACCCAGGAAUUUUUUAGGAACGGAGGACGUAAUGAUAUCUUUCGGGAGAUUAUAUGUCGAUAAUGCAAGCUCGUGGGUAAGACCGCAAACCAUGUUAAUGCAAUAUGUGGAUUUAAAGCUCACGGAGAGCACCCCACAACAUUCUCAAGCUGAUUAUGACUGAAGAAUGUACGAUUGAAUUGCAAGACUUUAGGUAUGCUAGCCAGUUGAAGCCCUUCAACUUUGAUUCCGAUGCCGUACCAGCAGGUGGCAGUAGAGGUAGAGCAAGAACCCUCACUUCGUUGGAUAAGGACUUAGCUGUACGUGGUAUCUCUAAUUAAUGAUAAAUGGCGAAAAUGGCUAUAACUGCCUAGGCGCUGUAUACAACAUUAAAGAAGGGAGCUUGAAAAACCGUCCCCCACACACUCGUACCGAGUUGAUGAUGUACGCUUACGUAAAGUCGAUGUUUGGCCUUCGGAGUGUACACACGCCGUUAACACUGGGGGGGAUGUGGUCUCUCGGUUACAACAUGAUUAAUGUGGUCGGAAGUUUAUCGACCCGGAACAUCCAGGUAGUUUGCUGAAUUCCCUUGUGGUGGAAUCUGGUUAACAGGAGAAUCUUAUAUCGGGUUCGAUGAGUUCGAUUAGCUUCAACCCAUUCCCUUGUUUGGUUUUUGGUACAUCACAAUUUUUGGACAGCGGUAAUGUACGCCUUCAGUCGUACGAGGAAAACAAGCAGAUGGGCAGCGGUGUGUUAAGCGAUCGGAGAUUCUACACACAUACCUUCAAAUCAAAAGUGGGGUCCACCACUCGGCGCUAGUUUCUGUUUUUCAUUGGAGUUGGUUUCUUCGUGCACAGCGCAUGGCCUCGCUGGAAGAGUAGAUUUUAAUUUGGCAUACAUUUAAAUAGCGAGGCUCUUGCUAUCUGGCCCGCUCGCUGCCUUACCUCUGUGUGAGGAGGCUCCGCUGAAGGUUUCUCUUUUUUUAGCCGUGACCAAAAUCUGCAGGUGUGGGGUACCGUAUGUCGCACAAAGUUUUCGCACAUUUGCAGGGUGUGCGAUGUAGACGCAAAAAUAGGAAUUGAGUAUAGCCCUGCGUCUGUGACUACAUACUCAGAAACAAGACUACACUCCGUUAUAGCCCAAAGAGACUAACUCAGUUCUGUUAGUUAUUAUGUUGGCUUAGGCAGACGAUGCCAGCGUCGGACUAGACAUUUUUGGAUCAAAAGUUUUAAAGUUUUGCCAAACCCCACAGUCUUCAUAUCAAGUUGUUCUUCUCAAGUCAGACGCGGUGCAGCGUCUUCAUUGGUAGUGCAGAUAAAUGGCCCCCUCCAUGACUUUGAAAUAGUCGAGCUUCUUGGUCUCUGCGAUUGUUGUUGUUUCUAUGAAUAUUGAACAGCUCUUCACCCUCACCCAUUUCACGAAGUGGUCUAAACGCAUCUCUGCACAUUUAGUUUAAGAACAUCUCCACUGGAUUAUAUGCAUAUCCUCGUCUACUCUUCAUUCUGUCCUUUGAAUAAAUUGCUGUUAUUCCAAAUUGAACUAAUUUAGUUGCAUUCGCAGAAAUCUCCCAGCGCUGCCAAUGAAUUACAUCAAACGGCAACGGCACUCUCCUGCUUGUGUCAAUAAGAUAACGCUUACACACUUAAGCGCAUACGCACACACAAACUCACACACACACACACACACACACUAAUAUAUGCGCAAUCAAACAAACUGUCAAACACAAUCAACGCCAAUGGCAAUUUCGCCUCUGACCUGCUUUAGCUACUGAGCGCUGCUGAGCUUUCACACAUGCUGCUCCACUUCGCCUGUAUCUUUGGCUUUGGCUUUGGCUUUGGCCGCAUUUCAUGCUAAACAGCGCGUCAUGAGCUCUCUCGCCCGAUCCGCGCCAUCAUUAUUACCAAUGCCGUUGCCGAUGGGGGCGACAAUUGACUGUACAGCUGGAACUGUUACUCCGGCGGCUGCUGCUGAAGCCGUUGCGGUAACCGAGAAGGCCACAAAGCCUAAUGGCAACAAUGAGUGUGUGUGUGUGUGUGUGUUGUUGUUGAAUGUCCCCUGUAUCGUUGCAGGGCAUAUGUGUGCAUAACUUUCGCUUAACGAGCGCCACACAUGCAUUCCCUCUCCACACCCAAUCCAGCUAAUUUCGCAUCCGCUAAUGCUGCAUGUGGGCGCUGGAAAAAUAUGCGCUCCUCUAAUGCGUUUUUAUGCGCUUAGCUACUUUUGACUUUACGCUUCGACGCUUUCAUCAAGCUGCCACUCGGCGCUCUCGUUGGUUGCACGCGAUGUGGCGUUGUGGCGUUUGGCUGUUGCUGUUGCUGUUGCUGUUCUGCUUGUUAAUUUGUCACUGAUGGAUUCCUGAUUGUCGAGAGACUUCACCUGCUUGAAGGCACGCAGGUACGUGGCAUGUGUUGGCAUUUGGUGGCACUCUGCUGCACACUAUGUGUGAUUGCUUGUGUGUGUGGGCUACAUCUGUCACCUGGGGUGGCGUGGAGGAAAAAUGGUGGCGUGAGCUGACGUGUGAGUUAGUCGCGUUUUUAAUUAUGAACGUUCUGUCGCCCUCAAAUGUGCAGGUGAGCUGGUCCCUUUUUCCGCUUUUACAUUUCACUCAACCUGUAAAGUGAUGAAACCUUUGGAGCCUUAGCGAAUCACACUUCCGCAUGUUGGUGUAGUUUAGGGACGCAACGAUUUCUAUGUUCGGUUCCUAAAGAAGGGAUAUUUUGAAAAGGUCUUAGUAUAACUCGAAGCCUACAACGGUUUCAAUGAGACGAAUUUGAAAAGCUCGGAGCAAAACUAAAUUCCUUUUUACAAUGACUUCAGAGAAUUUCAAUGGGUGGUUGGAAAGUACAUCACUUUAGUUCCGGAAUGCCGCCGUGAGCCUUUCCUCGUCUUAUAAAACUCUGCUUAUAAAAAAAUGACUUGUCUUCUGAUAAGACUACUUUAGUACAGAGAAUCGGAGAUAAUUUCGUACCACGGCGAAGCACUUAUAUCCAAAUUUGGCACCGGUCCUAUGCUAAUUGGAAUCGAGUAUGGCUGUACCUCCGUAAGAUCGAGACUUCUGACCGACUUUAUGUCUACCUCGACUCUCUUCCCGGUAUAAGCUUUCGAGCUCGUUGUCGAAGCCCAAUAAAUGGUAAUGCGAAAAGUCUCCUACCCAACCAUAGCUUCCAAGGGAUGAAAAUACCACACAACUUCGAUAAAAGGUAUGCAUGAUUUCUGUCACUAGAUAACUUUAAGGAACCGCCAACUCUAGUUCCAGAGUAGCAGAAAAGGCUUGUCUCAACUCAUGGUUCGAAAUCAAGAUCCAACAAAUUGAACUCAGCUUAUAUUUAUGAGAGUCGCUGGUCUCCCCGGUUACUACUAGAAAUGCUAGAGAUUUCGGCUUCGAAGAACUCUAGCUUCCACUCGGACUCCGGCUAUGUUAAAGUAAAAGGCAUGCAUAAGUUCGGUUUCAAAACAUGAUACUUCUGAUCUCCCUGAAGGCUCGUCUAACUCUAGUUCGCAAGAGGUAAAUUAUGAAGUUUCGCCUUAACCACAGUUCCGACAUAAAUGAAUUCACUGUUUUCUUCUGGCUAGUUUCAUAGACUCCACCUUUUUUAAGGUUUUCCAUGUAAAAACACUCUGACCCUUUAAAGGUAAGCUUUUAACUUUUAAGCUCCUCCCACUCAAGUUCUUCCAUUUACGGUUCCUACUCAAGAUCUCACAAAAGAAACUUGUUUGUGGAGCUCGACAUUACUUAAGACUUGUCUUGCCUGAUGUUUAAUAGAUAGGGCGAUGGAUGUGACCUUUCUUCCGAGAGAUUCGAAGCUCUAAUUUUAUUUUACACUCCGCCACCAUUUUUGCUAAAGUACUCCUUGUUAAAGGGUGUCGGUUCUAUGAAAACAAGAGAUAUGAAAUAUUUCGGCUUAAACAUCUCGAAGCUUUCGAUCUUCUUCAAGACAAAAAUAGCCAUAGCAAAGAACUGAAUUCAUUGAUGGAUCUCAGCGUUACUUAAGACUGGCUUCCUUCCAUUCCCGGCAGGUGGAGCUUCAAUAGCUUUCAAACGAUGAAGCAUUCCGUCAUAAGAGGCGUCUAAAAUCCAAAGGUUACCGCGACAGUCGGGACCUUUUAACAGAACGAGUCGAAAGAGGCGACUAAAAUCCAAAGGUUUCCGCUAUAGUCUGAUCUUUAUACCAAAACGACCCGGAUUUUCAUCCGACAAAGGACUAUCAUUACUGUAGUAAUUACCAAAGCUACUUUUGAUUCUUACUUGAUACAGCGAGAGAAGGCCACGACUUCGGUUCCUAAAGACUGGUGGUUCCGUUGGAUUUAACAUUUAACAAUAGCGAUAUCCAUCAUCCACCUGCUGAUUUGGUACCAAAGAACGCAUAAUCGGCUUCGAAACUUCAUAACUUCAGUUUGAUUUAAAGGCAUCACUCCAGUCCUCUCUGUUGAAGUAAUUUUAAAAUCAUCACACACCACAAAGGUUUUUCUCUUGCACGCAUUGAUCACAUUCCACCAAGUCGUGGAACAGGUUUUCGUGCUCUCAAUUUCCCCUCCGCCAUUUCAGCUCUUUAUUUUUUUUCACAGCAACAACUCUUGUUUUAAGUUGGCAUUUGAAUUAACAAUUUCCGCUUAACCACUCCUUUGACAUCUGGCAGCUUUGUUAUGGUCAGCUCUUUGAAUUGCAGCGACUUGUCUGGGCUCGUUGACUGUCUGAUAUUUGA